AUUCCGUAUAUACUAGUAAUUCCCAUCAUAAAUACCAUUCACAGUCAUAGUCCUUUGAAGUGAGUCAGCACUCGGUCUUACAUCUAAAAUGCCGAAGAAUAAAGGUAAAGGUGGUAAGAACAGGAGAAGAGGAAAGAACGAAAACGAAAGUGACAAGAGAGAGCUUGUUUUUAAAGAAGACGGACAAGAAUAUGCUCAAGUAAUCAAAAUGUUGGGUAACGGUCGACUUGAAGCUUACUGCUUUGAUGGAAUGAACAGGCUCUGCCAUAUACGAGGAAAAUUACGAAAGAAGGUGUGGAUUAAUCAGGGUGAUAUUAUACUGAUUGGUUUGAGAGAUUAUCAAGACAGUAAAGCUGAUGUGAUAUUACGUUACAAUCCUGAUGAAGCAAGGAACCUUAAGACAUAUGGAGAACUACCUGAGACAGCCAAACUAAACGAGAUUACAUCAUUGAAUCCUGGUGAAGAAGAAGAUGGAAUAUUGUUUGAUGACGAUUAUGAAGAUGACGAUGAUGAUGACGACGCCAUUGAAAUUGAUUAAUUACUAAUCUGUGUUAAUAUUCAUUAUUUUAGUCAUUAUUGG